AUGGAUAUCCAGUCCCUCUUCAGCGUCAAAGACAAAGUCGUGCUUGUGACAGGCGGCGCCAAAGGCAUCGGACGCAUGAUAUCUGAAGCCUUCAUCGUCAACGGCGCCAAAGUGUAUAUUUCCUCGCGCGACGCCGCAGCCUGCACCGCCGCGUGCGCCGAGCUGAACGCCCUGCCCGGCGUCAGGCCCAACUCGGGGGCCAUCCCUCUCCCUGCCGACCUUUCCUCGCUCUCGGAAUGCCAGCGCCUCGCCUCGGAGCUCGCCUCUCGCGAGCGCCGUUUGCACGUGCUCGUCCACAACUCGGGCGCCACCUGGGGCGAGAGUUACGAUACGUACCCGGACCAGGCCUGGCAGAAGCUUUUGACGCUCAACCUCCACCGCGUUUUCACGCUCACUCAGCUCCUGACCCCGCUCCUCUCCGCCACCACAUCCUCCUCGUCCUCCUCCUCCUCGCCUUCCCAAGCCAACCCAGACAAUCACCCGGUAUCAUCAGACCCCGGCAGGAUAAUCCACAUAGGCAGCAUCGACGCGCUACGCGUCCCCUCCCUCCCAACCUUCGCCUACUCAGCCACCAAAGCAGGGCUGCACCACCUCAGCCGGCACCUGGCCGUGGAGCUAGGGCCGAGGGGCAUCACGAGCAACACGCUGGCGUGCGGGCCGUUCCCGAGCAAGAUGAUGGCUGCGACGCUGCGGGAGUUUGGGGACGAGAUCCGGGGCGCGAAUCCGUUGGGACGCAUCGGCGUACCCGCCGACGUGGGCGGCGCGUGUCUCUUCCUGGCGAGCCGGGCGGGCGCGUUUGUGAAUGGGGCGACUGUGCGCGUGGAUGGGGGGGUGAGCUUGAUGAGUAAGAUUUAA